CCGACGUCACAUCCGCUCUCUCGAUGCUGAGUGUUGGAGAGCAACAUGGCGGCGUGCCGGGGAUCCUCGUCCAGAUGGUUCUUCAGCCGGGAGCAGCUCGACACCACGCCGUCACGGCGAGGCGGGAUAGAGCCGGACCGGGAGCUCUCCUACCGGCAGCAGGCGGCCAACCUCAUCCAGGACAUGGGACAGAGACUCAACGUCUCUCAAUUAACAAUAAAUACAGCCAUUGUUUACAUGCAUAGAUUUUAUAUGCACCACUCUUUCACCAAAUUCCACAGGAAUAUAAUAUCUCCAACCACCUUGUUCUUGGCCGCAAAAGUGGAGGAGCAACCCCGGAAACUCGAACACGUGAUCAAAGUUGCACACGCUUGCCUAAAUCCCCAAGAACCGCCUCUAGACACAAGGAGUAAUGCAUACCUCCAGCAAGCUCAAGAGCUGGUGAUACUUGAAUCCAUAGUGCUGCAGACCCUGGGCUUUGAAAUAACUAUUGAUCACCCACACACUGAUGUGGUGAAAUGUUCCCAGCUAGUGCGAGCAAGCAAGGAUCUGGCACAGACUUCCUAUUUCAUGGCUACCAACAGUCUACACCUCACGACCUUCUGCCUCCAGUACAAGCCCACGGUGAUCUCCUGCGUGUGCAUCCACCUGGCGUGCAAGUGGUCCAACUGGGAGAUCCCAGUUUCCACUGACGGGAAACACUGGUGGGAGUACGUGGACAACUCCGUCACCCUCGAGCUGCUUGAUGAGUUGACCCACGAGUUUCUGCAGAUCCUGGAGAAGACGCCCAGCCGGUUAAAGAGGAUACGCAACUGGAGGGCAACACAAGCUGCCAAAAAGCCCAAGGGUGACAGCAGUCAGUUGUCUGACAACUCCUUUGCUGGGCCUUCCAUGCUAGAUCAAGGUGAUCUAGCACUCGGCUCCAACUCCAGUUUUUCCAAAGCGAGUGCCGCCUUCCCCGUGCCCCUGCCUGGCCAGGCCGGAGAUGCACCCCUGGCUCUGGAAGCUUUGGCUGGCACAUACAACCCAGCUAGCCACAGCGAGUGGCCUCUGAGCAACCAGAGCCAAACGGGGUACCCUUCCACCUGUAUAAAACAGGAACCCCUCAGCAUCCCUCUCCAAGAGCCCACGUUGUCCUUGCAGACUUCCUCUUUGCUUCAGCAUCCGCCGAUAUUCAAGACUGAGAAAACACUAGACUUCAUCCCUGUCAAACAGGAACCAAAAGGAGCUGGUGGGAGCGGAGGGGGCAAGCAUCAGCCACCACCUCAGUCUGCCUACCCCCCACCACCUCAGCCUCCUCCACCACAACCGUCUCCAGCUCAGAAGCUGUCUCUGGACAAAUACAGAGAGAAACAUGCUGCAGAGCUGGCCGUGUCUGGACAGAAACGCGGCCAGGAACAGCACGGAGGAAUAAUGGAUUGUGACGGGAGGGGUGAUAUGUUAUCUUCCUCCUCUUCUACCUAUGCACCAUCCUCUGCGAGCCAAGUAGACCAUAGAAAACAUACACAGCCCCACCAAACAUCUCACCACGGCGGUGGGAGCACCACUGCCUCCCCAAUGAAAAUGAAAGUCCCCUCCUCCUCCUCAACUUCAGGGCAAGAUCGACGUCACCACAGCGACAAACGGGACAAAGGCUCGCUUAAACUCCGCUUGGCCGUCCCCGGGUCCGGUGGCAGCUCCCAGCUGGAUAAACCGAGCAAAGACGAGCUCAAGAUGAAGAUAAAAGUCUCGUCGUCGGAGCGCCACAGCUCGUCGGACGAAGGCAUGGCGGCCAACAACAGCAAGAGCAAACAUUCCAGCCCUCUGGUGAGCAAGGAGAAACAACACCGCGGAGCAGAUCACAACCUCCACCGGCACCACAAGCACAGUCACCCUCAUCCGCACACGCACAGCGGGAACGGCGGCGGAGGCCCGCUGCGGGGUCCUCCAGGACUGGUCAGCAUGGAUGGGACCGCGCUCGCUCCUCCCGGAUCCACCUCCCUGUCGUCAUCGCGCAAGAGGGCGUACCCCGAGGCCGGCCACAACCACCACCCUCCCUCCUCAUUCUCCACCUCAUGCUCCAAAGUGAGCAAAAUCUCCAAGGGUGGCACUGGUGCUGCAGGUACUACAUCUUUUUCUUUCCCCUUUCUUCCUCCUUGCUCCUCUCCUGUACUGCAGUGUGUCUCGUCUGGCUUGCAGCUCUAUGGCUAACCUCCCUCCUCCCCUCCCCCUCUUCCUCCUCCUCCUCCUUAUUCUUGUUUCUCCUCCUCCCCCUCCUGUCACACCCAGGUGGGCUGCGGACCUCUCAGCAGUACCCUCCUCCUAGUGAAUCGCCACAUGAAGUGGGAGAGCAGAGACACUGAGUCCACCGCUCUGCAGCCAUGGACCAGCACAUGGAAAAAUGGCAACAAAACUACCCACAGCUCAGACUUUUGAAGACUAUGCUCACCUCCCUGUUAAGUGCCCUAAGAAAAUAACUCAUGAUAAACCCUUUACCGAAAGGCAGAAAAAAAAAACUUAUCUGCAAAAAAAAGAAAAAAGAUAAGUAUUGUUGGACUUCUCAAUAUCUGAGACAAGAAAGAUGAAAAAACAUUAUGCUUCCUGACUGUCAGAUCGCUGGGCUGUGAUGCUCAGUCCUGUCUUUCUGUUAGUGUGUUGAAUUGCUGCUUGGUUCUCCUUCCUCCUCAAAUGAGUCUAGGAACGUGCAAAGGUGGGUGUGUGUGUUUUUUUUUUUUUUUCAUCGGGGGAGGGAAAGUCUUCCCUACAUUUCAGAUCUCCAUACGGGAAAAAAAAGUAUUACAAGUACUAUUAGAGGCAUGGAAUGUGCACUUUUCCUUCUAUUUUUUUUAACAAGUAAUUUAAUUGAAUCACAUUUAUGCGGUUAUACAGAGGAAGCCUGUGACCUGGGCUGGAGAUGAGUUCAAGUUCUGUUUGCUGGCAUUCCAUUUAAGUACUGUUGAUGGAUGCAGAGGUUUUUUUAGUUUUUUUUUUUUUUUUUUUAGGCGUAAAAGUUUCAUCUCCUCAAUUUCUUUCUUGUCUUGAUUUCUUUUUAUACUUCAGUAACCGUGCGUAUGAUUUGCAUGUUUCAAUCAUCAAAGGGAUUUAAAAAGGAGAACGCGUACUUGCUGUUUACAGAAAGUGGAGAUACAUGUACAUACGUUUUUGUAUGUUUAUAGAAAAAAAGAAAAAAAAAGCUAUACCAUGACUACUCAGGUUUGGAGCUGCUUGUAAGUAUAACAAGAUAACUAUAAUACCUAUAAAAGACUUUUAUUUUGUUGAUCAACGGAUGGAGGCAUCAUCGGGUGAAUGAUUGCAGCAUUCCAGUGGUGUGUGUGUGUGCUUCGUACGACCUUCCUACGGGGGGUGCUGUACUGUUAUUUUCCAUCACGGGGGGAUAUCAGUCGAUGCCCUCGGUUAACACAGGCACAUCCGACACCUACUUAUCACAUCAGAGCGAUGCAAUUUGUACCAAAAAUUAUUUUUUUUUUUGGACCUAUAAGUAGACCUUUAAGCUGGAUGCCAAAGGUUGUGCCUCAAAAAGAAAAAAAACUGACAGACAGUAGUAGUGUGCUAUUAAAGUUUACAUAACCCUUUUUUACUUUGAAGUGCAUCAGAUGUAAUUUCAUGACAUGAAGCUGUAGCCCUUAGAUGUCAGCCCAUAAAGGGGGAUACAUGUAAGUAUUAUUCAACCAACCAUUAUCACAGUACUAUAUAUAAAAAAAAAAAACCUUGUUGGCUCAGUUCCAUCCCAGCAACAGUUGUCAGAACAGCGACCUAAUUGGCCAUAUGCAACAUGACCCUGCUGGAUAUUUUUUUUGGUGCGGAUGCACCAAUAGAUUUUGUCACUGAUGUCCUUAUUUACAUUCACAGCCAUGUACCUGUCCAGACACGUCACAUCAGUUUCCCUACAUUAAACUCUACAUUGUUCCCUAAAUCUUGACACAACCGUCCCCUCUGUUCCCAACCGGGUACCUGGCUGCAUUGUUUGUACCUUCAAUUUAGAGAUUUACAGUUGGGCACACAGAGCCAAAGUAACUGUGGACAAAUACGCAUAACCCCACUCUUUACAUCCUUUUUUUUCUCUUUUCAUUUCAAUAUUAUGAAUAAACUUCAAAGUUGCCACUACCCUGACACAGUAUAAA